AUGACACAAAAAAGGCUAGAUCAGCUCGCAGCGGCUAGAGCUGCGAAGAAAAGGAAAGAGUCGCAUGGUAGACCCCAGCGGGGCGAGAAUGUGGGGCAACAGGCUGAACCAACCACCUCCAACGUGGCCUUCAAUGAAGCUCAGGAAACGCAAACCGAACUAGGAGAGAUCCGGCAACAGCUGGAUCAGCAGAUCGAUCGCUCGUGGCGGCAAGGGGAGCAGAUACAGCAGCUCCUGAGCGCCCUCCUAGAAAAGUCGGGCGAACAUGGCUCUAGGUCACGACGACGGUCCAGGUCGCCAGAGUAUAGCCCACCACCGCGGCAAAGGAUUCGGGAACGCUCUCCCAUUUACGAGCCCAAGAACAAAAACCAGGUACAGAUUCAGCAGUUCCGGGGCACUUCGGCAGCCGAGCUUUCUACCUUUGUCGGAACCCUUCAGUGGGUGUUUCGGGAGCACCCCCGCCACUACCAGGAUGAGCAGAGGAGAAUCAGGCUAGCGGCGGGCCAUCUCAGCCAGACAUUGAGAAGGGAUUUCCUAGACAAUCUGCGACUCAAAUUCGAUGGAAGUGAAGAAAACAUGACGUGGGGAGAUAUGGAGGACUGGCUCUGGAGCAAUAUCAACAAUCCCGAGGUCUCAUUCCGGGACUUCUUUCGGCAAUAUCGUGCGAUUGAAAGCGAGUUCCUCAAACUGUUCCGACUGGCUACGCAUUGA